UCCCCACUCCUCCGCUCUUGCCCAAAACCCUCGCCUCCCUCCUCCCCCUCAACCGGCUUCGCUCGACACCAUUGCCUUCGUGAUACAGUCGCCACGAGAGCUAGCUGUGAAGGCAACGACGAGAUUGCGGCUUACAGAGACCACCGAAACCCCCCAUCUUUCUCAUCAUUCCUCUCCGCUCCCACCAGAAAGCAUUGACGAAGGCCCUUGAUUCCACAAACACCACUUUUGUACUGCGAUGGAAGGCGGCGGCGAUGGACUUGAGGCAGAGAAGAAGGGGAAGAAACACAAGGGAAAGCACGACAAGCCGAAGCCGUGGGAUGAGGACCCUAAUAUCGAUCACUGGAAGGUUGAGAAGUUUGAUCCAUCGUGGAAUGAGACUGGGAUGCUUGAAGUUAGUUCUUUCUCAACGCUCUUCCCUCAGUACAGAGAGAAAUACUUGCAAGAGGCAUGGCCCAUUGUUAAACGUGCUUUGAAAGAGUAUGACAUUGCGUGUGAGCUCAAUUUGGUUGAGGGUUCGAUGACUGUAUCAACAACUCGGAAGACCAGGGAUCCAUACAUUAUUGUCAAAGCUAGGGAUCUUCUCAAGCUUUUAUCACGAAGUGUUCCUGCACCCCAGGCCAUUAAAAUACUGAACGAUGAAAUGAACUGUGACGUCAUUAAGAUUGGAAACCUUGUAAGGAACAAGGAACGAUUUGUCAGACGACGGGAGCGCCUUUUAGGCCCUAACCUUUCCACACUCAAGGCCAUUGAGAUUUUGACUGGGUGCUAUGUUCUAGUCCAGGUAUUUCUUUAGCAUAUUCUUUUGGGGUUUUAUUUCCUCUACAAACAGGUUCGAAGGAUUGUAGAAGACUGUAUUCAGAAUGCUCUGCAUCCUGUCUACCACAUUAAGACUCUUUUAAUGAAACGUGAACUUGCCAAAAAUCCUGCCCUUGCCAAUGAGAAUUGGGAUCGGUUUCUCCCGAAGUUCAAGAAGAAGAAUGUUAAGCAAAAAAAUGUGAAGAGCAAGGAGAAGAAACCUUAUACUCCUUUCCCUCCUCCCCAACAACCAAGCAAGAUCGACCUGCAACUUGAGAGUGGCGAGUAUUUCUUGAGCGACAAAAAGAAAUUUGCCAAGAAGUGGCAAGAGAAACAGGUGAAGCAGGCGGAGAUGACUGCCGAAAACAAGAGAAAGAGAGCGGCCGCAUUUAUCCCGCCUAAGGAACUCACCAUUAAUGAUAAGAAGGAAGCUAAUGAGAAGCAUGAUGUGGCUGUUAUAGCCAAGUCUUUAAAGGAAAAAACAAAGGAAUUUAAAAAGCAUGAAGAUCAAGGCAAUAUCAAUGCUGAAUCAUACAUCCACAAUAAUAGACCUGCAAAGAAGUCCAAGUCUUCCAAAUCUACCUAAGGUUAAUCUAACCUCACAUUAACCUCUGAUUUUCUGCUCUGGUUAAAAUGCUCAAGCAGUUUCUUUAUCUCUUUCUCUUAUGCAAUUGAGUUUUCUCAAGAGUAAAGUUGCAAUGUGAGGAGGUUUUGCCACACUUCACAUAUUUAACACUUAAACUUCAAUUUUUACAGAUGUACCACUUUAUUGUUUUGAUAGGUAUGAUAGUUAUGUUUAUUGUCUGAGGGUGUAAUAUUUUAGAUGGUUUGAUUAUUUCAUGAAUAUUUAUACAUUGUAAUUAAAAUUUUAAUUG